GCCAAAUAAGGCGAAGGGCGGAACAACUGAACAAGCAGCACUCGGCAGAUGUGAGUGUGUAGGAGAUUCUGUCGCGAGCCGUCAUCACACCACAUAGCUGUAGACGUCAGAUCCUCUUGACAGCGGAUUCCCGUUUGAUUUUGAUAGCGGAUAGCGUGGCUGCAAAGAAGCCGUGUUAAAUUGAAGAAAUGUCGUAUGAAACAAAAUAUAUAUUUGCUGCAUUACCGAGAACCCAAAGAGGACAACCUCUAGUAUUAGGUGGUGAUCCUAAAGGAAAGAACUUUUUAUACACCAAUGGUAACAGCGUUAUCAUUAGAAAUAUUGAUAAUCCCGCAAUUGCGGAUGUUUACACAGAACAUUCUUGCCCCGUUAACGUCGCCAAGUAUUCUCCCAGUGGUUUUUACAUAGCCUCAGGAGAUCAAUCGGGCAAGGUGCGUAUUUGGGAUACAGUAAAUAAGGAGCAUAUACUAAAAAAUGAGUUUCAACCUAUCGGCGGGCCUAUUAAAGACAUCGCUUGGUCACCGGAUAGUCAGCGUAUGGUCGUGGUCGGAGAAGGAAGAGAAAGAUUUGGACAUGUCUUUAUGGCAGAAACAGGAACGUCGGUGGGUGAGAUCUCCGGUCAGAGUAAAUCCAUCAACUCGUGCGACUUCAGACCGGCCAGACCGUUUAGAUUAAUAACCGGAAGCGAAGAUAAUACCAUCGCUGUGUUCGAAGGACCUCCGUUCAAAUUCAAGAUGACAAAGCAAGAACAUACACGUUUCGUUCAAACCGUACGUUAUUCGCUCGACGGAAAUCUGUUUGCCUCCGGUGGAUUCGAUGGCAAAGUAUUUCUAUACAACGGAGUAACUUCUGAUCUCGUCGGUGAAAUAGGCUCUCCCGCACAUCAGGGUGGAGUCUACGCGGUUGCAUGGAAACCUGACGGUAAGCAACUAUUAACUGCUUCCGGGGAUAAAACUUGUAAACUGUGGGAUGUAGAAACGCGUACUUUAGUUACCGAGUUCAAUAUGGGAACAACGGUCGACGAUCAACAAGUGAGCUGUCUUUGGCAAGGGAAUCAUCUAUUAUCCGUGUCACUUAGCGGCUUUAUCAAUUAUCUUGACGUCGAUAAUCCUCAAAAACCUAUAAAAAUAAUAAAAGGUCAUAACAAGCCAAUAACGGUUCUAACGUUAAGUCCCGAUAGAAGUACGAUUUAUACCGGUUCUCAUGACGGCUAUAUCACCAACUGGAACGCAGAGACGGGGGAGAAUGAUCGCGUGCAAGGACACGGUCAUGGUAAUCAAAUUAACGGAAUGAAGGCGUCGGGUAAUUUGCUGUACACCGCCGGCAUUGAUGAUACUUUAAGAUCAGUUGACAUUGCGACAAAUGCGUACGCGGAGACUUCUGUAGUAAAAUUGGACUCGCAACCACGAGGUCUGGAUAUAUAUAACGAUAUAGCCGUAGUAGCUUCGGUUCGACAGAUCACAGUUACGCAAAACGGUAAGAAGCUGUCGAGUGUACCGAUUGAUUAUGAGCCAUCGUGUGUGUCAAUUAAUCAAGAAACUGGAGAUGUAGCUAUUGGAUCUACAUCCGAUAAUAAAGUACGUAUUUACGAAUUGUCGGACACUACGCUAACUGAAAAGACUGAAUUAGAACACCUGGGUCCGGUUACAGACGCGGCCUAUAGUCCCGACAAUAAAUAUUUAGUUGCCUGUGAUGCAAACAGGAAAGUUAUACUGUACACCGCACCAGAAUACAAAAGGCUUGCGCACAACAGAGAAUGGGGCUUCCACAACGCGAGAGUAAAUUCCGUCGCUUGGUCUCUCACCUCCGACAUGGUUGCGAGCGGUAGUCUUGACACGACCAUCAUCAUCUGGAGCGUGACAAAUCCAGCCAAACAUACCAUUAUCAAAAAUGCUCAUCCUCAGAGUCAGAUAACGCGUUUAGUCUGGCUGGAUGAGGAAACCUUAAUCUCGGUUGGACAGGACUGCAAUACUAAAGUAUGGCGUAUAGAAAAGAUAUAAAUUAACUUUUGGAAACGUUUAUAUUGCCACCUUCUUUAAGGAAACUAAAACUUUGGAAGCAUUUUAUUUAUUUCGUAGUUUACAAAUAUAUUAUAUAUUAUUUUUUAAUACAAUCCUUGAUAUAUAUGAUUAAAAAGAUUAUAUUGCCAUCUUCUACACAAAUCUUUUUUUUUUAGAUUAAUUUUCUUCAUACCCUACACGUCAGUAAAAUUCAAAAACUUUCA